AUGGCACUCUCAGGGCUCGUCAGACCAAUCAAGGGUCGCGCGGUGCACUUGCGCCUGCAUCCUCGUGUAGAGACGCUGGCUGAGAGUCGCGAGAUCCUCCGGUUGAUGCAACAAUACGGACGAGUCGAAAUGUUCCGCAACUUCAAGUACGACGCUCUCCCUGUGGCCAACACGAUGAUUGCCAUUUUUGAGACGGACGAGGCGGCGCAGAAACUCCUCGAGGUGUCGCCCUUGCGCUUUGUCAUGAGCCCCGAAGGCUCGGGAGACGGACGACAGAGGCACUACCAGCUUCAGGCAAAUACGUCGACCUUCCACCACCGCGAUCAGAUCGACCAGACCGCCUACAACGGCUCCUUCAGGGUCUCGGGUAGAUGUCUUAUUCAAGAAGAUCUGGCUAGGAAUGUCCCCAUGCCAGGCUUGAGCGAAUUCACCCUGCGUAAGGAGGAAAAGCCUUGGAGAGUACUACGCUGGGAAAAGCAAAGAGAAGAGGGUGCGAAAACAUUGAGGCAGCUUCUCGAAGAAGCGCCUGCUGCCGACGAGUCCACUACAGCGACUCAUGUGCAACAAGAAAAGUCAAUUGGUUGA